AUGCAGUUCAGCACCCUCACCUUCUUCACCCUGGCCGCCGUUGCCACUGCUGCCCCCGCCGAGAUCGAGGUCCGCACCCAGUCUGGCUCUUGCACCAACACCCAGCAACAGGUGUGCUGCACCGCCGGCAUCCUGGCCUGUGUCGUCCAGGUCAUCAACUCGGCCUGCACUGGACAGGCUUACUGCUGCUCUAACAACUCCCCAGUCAACAGCUUGAUCAACCUCGACCUCAGCUGCACCCAACUCAUCCUCUAA